CGCGCGAGUCCAACCAUCCUGCCCACCAACCACCACCAUCACCCUCGGCCCACCCGACUUCCGCGCAGAUGACGUCGGACAGCCGCUACGCCUACCCGCCCCCGCCCGACGCCGCCCCUGCCUACGCCUACGCCCCUUAUCCGCCGCCCUACGCCCACGGCCAGUAUGCACAGGACAUGGCUCGUCCGCCCGUCCGCCCUGCGUCGUCCCAGGCCAGUCGGCGCAUCCACCCCCGCCACACGCCCCGCCGCCCUAUCAUGGCCCCCGGGCUACCCGGCGCACCCGCCGUAUGGCCCGCCUACAUACGGAGUCGCCCCGGCGCCCCCGGGCCCUUGGACGGGUGAGGGUUGGACUCAUCAUCCUCACUAUCCUCCGCCUCAUCCUCCAGGUCAAGAUCACCCUUACAGUUCUAAUGGCUCAAGGCCCGACCCGCCUGCAGAGGAGCACAGGCCCUAUCCACCCCCGCCCGCCCGUGGUGAAGAGCGGCCGCCCCGCCCUGCCGAAGCGCCGCCUCAAUCUAAAGUACGUAACGGACGAGAGAGCGAGCCCCCAGCGCCAGGGCCGUCGCGGUCGCCGCCGCUGGGCAUGGACUUUGGCAAGCUGAUAGAACAGUAUGGCAUCUUACUCGAGACCACCGCCUCCCUCACGCAUCCCAGCAACUCGCCGCGACUGAGCAUCCCCCAGGAGAUCAUGGAACGCAUGAUACAGGCAGGUGCGUUCGGGCUGCAGACACUGGAAGCUGCGAGCCGACGGGCCGCCCCGGCGAGCCUCCGCGCCCGCCGACGGGCGACCACGCCCAGGAGGAAGGCCAGAGUGAUGGAGACGACGCCAAGGCGCGACAGCCCGCGCCAUCUGGCGAAAAUGGAGAGGGUCAACGUGUCUGGGGUGCAAUGCCACCUCCACUCCGAGUGGCGCCGAGGGCCGAUGGGCCCCCGUACAUUAUGCAAUGCUUGUGGCUAGUGUAUGCAAAACUCGUCCGUUGCCGCGUUCCUCGACUCGGAUUGCUGUGUUGUCUGACAAUUGUUACCGUGCAGAUAAGAAACGCAACAGGGAUCCUCGCGGUCGCAGCGCCUACCUUAACCCCCAGCACGGCGGACAAAACGCCGCUAACUUCGUGGACGAGCCCGGCCACGCAUCCAGCGGCGGCAGCGACGACGAAGACUCGUACGGCUCGCAGGACCGUCGGAGCGACGGCGGAUACCACGGCGGACGGGAAUGACCGUUCACCGGGCG